UGCCCAGUACAGUAGAGCAAUUUGAGUCGAAUCGCCGAAUCGAGCAAACCACUUUCCGCUUGCCGGAUAAACGCGUUCCGUUUUCCAUUCUACUUCGACCACGGUAGACCACGGUUGUCCCCAUGUCCGCGUGAGCAAAGUAUCCGACACUUUCGUUGUUCCAGGGGGGGUCAUAGUAACGGUAACUCAGUGAUAGGGCACUCCUGUUGGCCAAUAUCCGUGCAUCCAUCCAUUGACUCCGCGUCUUGGGGAUCGUUUUCCGAUUUCGAUUUUCGACGCGCCUCGUGCAAUUUCCCCCCAUUUCGAGUGCUGUGCUGUGAGGUGUUCUUGGAAUCAAGAAAAAAAGUCGUGGAGAAACGUUGGCAAAAAACCGCCGAGCCGCAGAAAUAUUAUACAAGUCCGCAACCGGAUUCCGGAUUUUGUUCAAUUAAUUAUACGCAUCUAUAAAUGUAUCUGACGACAAACCUCGGCUGGGAUAUAUCCGAAACAAGAGUCGAAAACCAUACACCGAUUCCCAAAUACAAAUGAUCGCCCGUCAAUUUAAUUUAAUCAGAGCCCAUAACUCAAAUUCAAUGAACAAAUAAAUUUGCGCAGCCCGACCAGCCAAUAAAUCGAUCAAUAAAGCGAAAUACAAUUCAAAUUGAAAAGCUCACAAAACAAUAAUACAAAAAAACAGAAAGCCAGUGGCAUCUGGCAACGCCUUCUGUAGCCAGCUUGUAACGGUUUUUCACGACAAUUUACUCACGCCCCGAUCGAGGCCCAAGGAUCACAUAGCCGGCAACCAUGGGAAACUCAUCGUCACACACGCACGAACCACUCGAGCGCGGCUUCACACGCGGAAAAUUCGGUGACGUUAAAAAUGGGAAAUCCGCCUCCUUCCGGUUUAGCAAGAAAUCGCCCAAGAAGAUGGACCGCCUGCGCCGCUCCUUCCGCGACUCCUUCCGGCGUCGCAAGGACCGCGUCCCCGAGUCCUCCAAGCCGCACCAGUGGCAAGCCGACGAGGAGGCCGUGCGAUCGGCCACCUGCUCCUUCUCGGUCAAGUAUCUGGGAUGUGUCGAGGUGUUCGAGUCGCGCGGAAUGCAGGUCUGCGAGGAGGCCCUCAAGGUGCUGAGGGCAUCGCGCCGUCGUCCUGUCCGAGGACUGCUGCACGUCAGCGGGGAUGGCCUGCGAGUGGUGGACGACGAGACCAAGGGCCUCAUUGUCGACCAGACCAUCGAGAAGGUCAGCUUCUGUGCUCCGGAUCGCAACCACGAACGCGGCUUCAGCUACAUCUGCCGGGACGGAACCACUCGGCGCUGGAUGUGCCAUGGCUUCCUGGCGUGCAAGGACUCUGGAGAGCGGCUGUCCCAUGCCGUGGGCUGCGCCUUUGCCGUUUGCCUGGAGCGGAAGCAGCGCCGGGACAAGGAGUGCGGCGUCACGAUGACCUUCGACACGAAGAACUCAACAUUCACACGGACCGGUUCCUUCCGGCAGCAGACGCUAACGGAGCGGCUGGCCAUGGCCACGGUGGGCACCAAUGAGCGGAGCGUGGACGGGCCGGGAUCAGCGAUGCCGGGUCCGCCGGCGGCCACUGUCAAGCCGUACAAUCCCUUCGCCAUCGAGCGGCCACAUGCCACGCCCAACAUGCUGGAGCGCCAGAGCUCGUUCCGUUUGAGCACAAUCGGCAGCCAGUCGCCGUUCAAGCGCCAGAUGUCACUGCGCGUCAACGAUCUUCCGUCCAACGCCGAUCGCCAGAGAGCGUUCCUGGCCGCCGCUGCCGGGAAUCCGCUGCAGACCCCGCUCCGCAGCGUUUCGCCCAUUGCCGAGGUCUCGCCAGCCAAGUCCGGAGGAGCAGCUGACCCGGCUGCCGCCGCCGCCGACGUGGCCGCCGACUCCGUGAGCCAGCUGUGCCAGGAGCUCAGCCAGGGUCUCUCGCUGCUGAGCCAGACCGACACCCUGCUGGCCACCGGCGACGAUUUGAACUUCAACAAUAAUCGCAGCAUCAACCAGAACAUCAUUGCCGCCGAAAAGCAGGUGCAGCAGCACUCAAUCUCAUACAGCGCCACGCCCACGGCGCAGGUGACACCGCGGGUGGUCAGCACCACGCCCACCUACCAGACGCUCCACUCGCAGUCGCCCACCCGGCCGGAGCAGAACCUAGAAACCUCCACGGAGCUACCCAACGCCGACCAAUGGCUGGGUCAAGUGGUGCGCAGCACAUCGCCGGCAGCGCCCAAGCGGCCCACCUAUCUGGCCAACGUGGGUCGCGCCCAAACCCUUGCCCCUGGAGCCAGUGGUGGUGGCCCGGACGAUCCGUUCGAUGCCGAGUGGGCGGCCAAUGUGGCGGCGGCCAAACAACUCUCACCGGAUCUCCCGGUGGCCAGCACCUCCCGCUCGCCGCUGGCCAGGCACAGCACCAAUCCGUUCAUCUCACCGCCCAAGGCGCCGGCUCAGUCGUUCCAGGUGCAGCUCUAAAGGUCGCAACGCCACCUGUGACAAGGGGGGGUCACCAGGGGGACAAAAAGUGUGGUUCGCUUGAAAAAAACGCAACUUAGUUUAAUGUCCAGGGGCAGGAGCCGAGCAAGAGAUUUAGGAAGGAGGGACGAUGAUGAGUGGAUGGAAUGGAUGGAUGGAUGAAUGACGGAUGGCGGCUACAUCAGAGCAUCAGAGAUACUUAACGCAAACAUAACUAAUGUUGAAUUAUGCAUAGAAACACACACACAUUAAAUAGCGAUACUUAUACGCAUAAAGUGCAGUAAGGACACCCUUGAAUGGCGCUUAGCUCUAGGCCGAUUCCUAAAUUGCUUUUGCAUCUGCCCGAAACGAAACAAAAAAAAUUGACCAAGCUACCAAGUUACCCACAGUAAUAAAAAUCAAAUGGCACCUUAUCGUAAAUCCGAAAGCAUGUAAUAUACUUUGGUAAUGCCCUUCCAAUACUUGUUGAUCUGUCCUAGUAAGAAUAAUGGAUACAGAUACGUUGCUACGUAGGAAACUCUAUGUCUUAGGGCUAAUUAUUAUUUUGUCAGUGUCAGUGUGCGGAUUACCGUUUUAACAUCAAUUUUUAUUAUUUAAUUUAAUUUUUAAAAUUGUACAAAAUGUAUUAUACUUAACUUAUAAAUAUAAUUUAAAACACAAAAACUAAAUGAAUUCGAAAUGAAAAGAUGAGUAAACUUCAAACUAUUUAAGCUUACGAAUGAUGCAGCUAACAAAACCCGAUAUAGUAAUAUUGAGAUCAAUAAAUACACCUUAAUCGUAAACCUAUAACGUAAACAUUGUAAAAGACAGAUUACAGAAAAGCGAAAUACAUUCGAUGUGUGUACUUCACAGGAAAUGUAA